AUGGAAUUCAUAGCUGUAUACAAUCCUAAGCUGUGUCACAAAGAAGGCGAAGAAUGGAAACAAGUCCUUUUAUAUCAUUCAUUUCAGGAAACCAAUGAUGAACCAAUUCCCUUAAAUGAGAAACUGUCCUUAAUAGGAAUUAUGCAAGGAAUAUGGAACUUCACCCAUAAUUUUAGCAUGAAUAGUGCGGAUUUGUCUAUGAAAUAUAUUGAUACAAGGCUGGAUCAUUGUAGACUUUUAGCAGUUGAAGUAGAACGAGACUACUUCUUAGCAUUUGGUGUAGAGGAUGAUAAUUAUUACCCCUCUGCGUACUAUAUUAAAGAGUUAUAUCAUAGCUAUAACUUCUUUUGUAUGAAAUGCGGAUCAAUGGGUAGUUUUAGAAGUAGUGAAGAGUUGACUGACAAGUUGAACGAAUACUUUGUUACUUAUUGGUACGAUUUAAUGUUGCUGCCAGAAGCAAUAUAUGCAUCUAACCUUACCAAUGUUUAUUGGCAUGAAGGGUUUAAAGUUGGAGAGCUGGAUAUAUGUACUACACAAUGGGAAACUUACAUAAAGCAUCAAAUUUUGCUAGACGAUGAAUCAUACUUGGGAUUAAAGGAUAUUUGUGUUUAUAAACUUCCAAGAGACAGACAAAACCACCCACGGCAAUACGGUAUGAUAAGAAAUUUUACUCCCGAAUUUAAAUCCUUACCAGUACUUUCGAACUGGAUAUAUAAUUUGGAUCGUAUUUUUGAUUCUGCGUUUUCCCCACAUGUCUUGUCAGACCAUGUUCGGCUAUUGAGACCAGAUGAAUCAGACAUUGACUCCGAUGGACAUCUAAAGCAAAGUAUAGGAAGGCAGCUCUGGGAUAACGUUACAAUGCCAAUAUCAAUGACAUACGAUGCAAUCAGCGAAGUUGGAAACUUAGCUGGCAUUAAUGCUGUGGUUCAUGGAAUAAACAAAAUAACUACUGGGUUAAAUACAAUGACCAAUAAGUUUGCUUGGCCUAAAUCGAAAACUGCUUCUCCAGACCUAAAGUCUCCAUCAGUGAGACACGGUUUUUUAAUUUCAGCAUUGUCAUUGGAUAGCCUGCCAGAAGCCUACAAAUACAGGAGAUUUCAGCUUCAAUUCGAAUCAGACAACUCCCCUCCAAAAUGGUAUAAGGUGUUGUUUUGGCACUAUAAUGAUUACUUGUUUACACUCAUAUUUGAGGAUGAUUUUAAGAGAAUAUGGGAUCCAAAGUACCUAGAAGAGCUGAACAUUAAGCUUUUUGAAUCAAUGACGAUACUACAAGAAUCUGUGGUUAACCCGCAAGGCGAUUCUGAUAAAUUUGCAUACGCAGUUUUAAACAAGGAAACGAACCGUAUUGAGAGCUCAAUUCCAACAACAAAUUUUAAUAGGAAAGAUGACUCUACGAGUAGCCCACUGCAACUUAUAGUUUCCGGGAUAGACGACACGUUACGUUUUCUGGUAUCAGAUCAAGUAUCACCAUCGACAACUCUUUCAUUCUCUACUCUCCCCCCUACGCAAAAUUCGCCCGAUGAUGCUGCCAGUAGAACAAGAAGUACUGGAGAAAACUCAGAAACCAUCCGCAACCCCAAAGCAGGCGGAGUUAAUAUUUUCAACUGGAAAAGCAGCACUGAGAAGCCCCACAGAGUGACAUCAAAAGCAGACAACGACACAUCUUUUAGCUCAUUAAGCUAUGAAAAACUACUAGAACUCAAUGUCGAACUCUGCAAAAUGUACUCAGGCGUUUUAAAAUCUGAAUGUAAAAGAGAUUCAGUAAUGGAAGAAAAGUUGAUAAAAUUAAGUAACGGGAUAUUAUGCUAUAUUGGUGUCUCGUCAAAAGAAGUCGUGGUCAUUGUAAAGAACUGGUUCCUCGAAGACAGAAACGUCAAGUACCUCAAACCCGGGAUGAACAAACGUGAUACAAACAUAAUGAUUAAUAGUCUCGGGAAAGACGUCAGAAAAUGGUGGGACGAUAGAUCAACAAAACUUUGA